AUGCAAGAGGUGGUGAAAAAGGAGAUCAUCAAGUGGCUAGAUGCGGUAGUGAUCUACCCUUUUGCAGAUAGUAAGUGGGUAAGUCUGGUGCAAUGUGUACCGAACAAAGGAGGUAUAAUCAUAGUCCUAAAUGCAAAAGGAGAACUUGUGCCGGCAAGACCAGUGACUGGGUGGAGAAUAUGCAUGGACUAUCGAAAGCUUAACUCAUGGACAGAUAAAGUCCAUUUUCCAAUACCUUUUAUAGACCAGAUGCUUGACCGAUUAUCAGAAAGAGGGUGGUAUUGGUUUUUGGAUGGGUACUCCGAUAUGGUCGAAGACUCUAUGGAAGUAUUUAUGGAUGACUUUUCAGUCACAGGGGAUACGUUUGAAGAGUGCUUAACACACUUAGGGCAAGUGCUUCAAAGAUGCGCGAAAAUGAACCUGUACCUAAAAUUGGGAGAAAUGUCAUUUCAUGGUGAAAGAAGUGCCCAGCGAAAUUAUACGGUCAUUGAACAAGAGUUGCUAGCUGUGGUCUAUGCAUUUGAAAAGUUCCGGGCAUACUUGUUAGGCACCAAAGUAAUAGUACACACUGAUCAUGCUGCACUUCGUUACUUGAUGGCGAAGAAAGAUGCUAAAAUAAGAUUGAUAAGGUUGGAAGGAAGGGAAGAUGCCAAGCGUGAGGUCAACAUAGAUGACUCCUUCCCCGACGAACAAGGGUUUGCUAUAUCUCUCAAACCUACACCAUGGUAUGCAGAUUUUGUAAAUUACAUUGUGAGUGGAUUGAUGCCGGAUGAGCUGACCUUUUACCAACAAAAGAGAUUCAUGUUCGACGUUAAAAAGUACUUUUGGGAUGAACCAUAUUUGUUUCGAGAAUGUGUUGACCAUGUUACUAUGAGGUGUGUUCCGGAAGAAGAAGCGGUAGAAAUUCUCCAUGCUUGCCAUGCAUCUCCAGUGGGAGGUCACCUUAGUGGUAUUCGUAGUGCCGCUAAAAUUCUCCAAAGUGGUUAUUACUGGCUGUCCCUAUACAAGGAUGCACAUGAAUUUACGAAGAAAUGUUCUCAAUAUUAUGUUUCUAAAUGGGUGGAAGCCAUCGCUCUUCCAAACAACGAAGGAAAAAAUGUUGUCCAAUUUCUGAAACGCUAUAUCUUCACAAGAUUUGGCACUCCUAGGGAAAUCAUUAGAGAUAGGGUGUCCCAUUUUUGCAAUAGGUGGUUUUCAAUGGCACUAAGCAAAUAUGGGGUAAAACACAAGAUAGCUACCCCAUAUCAUCCCCAAACAAGUGGCCAAGUCGAAGUGUCAAAUCGGGAAGUCAGAAGCAUCCUGGCAAAUACUUUAGAGCACAAAGCAUUGUGGGCAUUGAAAGCUUUAAAUUUGGACUGGUCAAAAACUUCAAGGGAGAGGGUAGAGCAGUUCAACGAACUGGAUGAAUUUAGACUCAGAUCGUAUGAAAGUUCAGCCAUCUACAAAGAGAAGAUUACGAAAUGGCAUGAUGCUCGAAUACUCAAGCGGGACUUCAAGGUAGGAGAUUGGGUUUUGUUAUACAACUCUCGACUUAGACUCUUUCCCAGAAAGCUCAAAUGCAAAUGGUCUGGACUUUUUAGAGUAAUGCGAGUGUUCACCAAUGGUGGCAUAGAAGUUGAAGAUCACGAAGGACUUCCAUUUAAAGUGAACAAUCAACGUCUGAAAUUAUAUUUUGGGGAUUGUCAAGAGAUUUCUUUGGUUGAAGUAGUGUAUUUGAAAGACGCCUAA